GGCUAUUAUCAAUAUUUACCGACUAAACAUCAGUCGGCAAGUGCAGUUGGGUUAAGAUUAGUGAGGUUAAAAUCGUAAAGUGAGGUUAACAUGAAGAUGUUUCACGAAAAUGAAACGUUGCGCGAUGAUGAUGACGAACAACCAAAGGAGAUUUGUAGGAACUGCUUUAUGGAGAGGAAUUGCAACCAGAUAUUUAUUAAAGGACCUGCUCUUACAAAAGAAAUAUUGGAAAAGGUCAAUGCUGAGAUAGUGCCAAAGAAAACUUAUAUUUUUGGUUAUGAGAUGAAGACUAAGAGAGUAUUACUUACUGCUGGUCUGUCCCUUUUAUUCUCAAUGAGUUUUCUUGGAGCAAUCAUGAUGUGGUUUACCGAAUCGUUUGACAAUUUUUUAAUAUCGCAAAUGGCUCUGUCAAAUAAUACAGAUACGUUCAUUAUGUGGCAAAAACCAUCGGUACAUGUGAUAUAUAACGUGUACAUAUUUAACUAUACCAAUGUAGAAGAUUUUAGAGAUGGGUAUGCAGAAAAGCUGCAUGUGGAAGAAGUUGGACCUUAUGCAUAUGAAGAACAUCUCGAAAGAAUUGAUUUGGAAUUUCCCACUGAUAACUCUAUCUCAUAUAAAGAAAAGAAAAGUUACGUGUUUAAGCCUGAACUAACAAGAGGGCGUCAGAACGAUCAGCUUGUUGUACCGAAUAUGGCAGUCUUUAGUGGAGCUGCCUUUACCAAGUCCCACAACUACUUUAAUCGUUUGGCGUUUUCUGGUUUACUAUCAGGAAUGGACGAAGAACCAUUUUUGAAAAUAGCUGCAGAUUCCUUUAUAACUGGAUAUAAAGAUCGUUUAUACGAUUUGGCUAAAGCUUUUAUGCCCGAUAAUAUGCCGGCACAAAUGGGUGUAUUGGCUCCCAAAAUAGGCCAAACUCCAUACAGGAUAACUAUAAAUAAUGGAAAGGAUGAUAUUGAUCGUUUAGGGAUUGUAGAAAAAUUUAAUGGAGAAACCGAGUUAGACUAUUAUGCUGGAGGAGAGUGUAACAGUAUCAAAUCAACAGACGGCUCAAUACACCCACCCAGAAAAGUCCAGAAAAAAAAACCUCUUCAUUAUCUUUUCCCUGAAGGAUGUCGACGAUUUCCUCUAAUCUUUAAUAAAGAAACCAGCGUGAUAGACGGGAAAGUCCCAGCUUAUCAAUACAUACACCCAGAAGACUUGUUCGAUUCCGCUGAUGAGAAACCCGAAAACGGCUGUUUCUGCAGUAUGGAUAGCGCUCAAUGUCCUCUAAAAGGUGUUUACAACGCAACUGCUUGCAACUAUGGUUCACCAGUGUUCAUUUCCCAUCCUCACUUCCACAGAGCCGAUCCCAGUCUAACAAAACAUUUUACCGGUCUACACCCCGAAAGAGAGUUUAAAUCUUAUUUCAACCUCCACCCCACCCUUGGAUUCGCUAUUUCUGCAAGAAACAUGCUGCAGGUUAACGUCCAGGUUCAAAAAGCUGGAGGGAUCUCUCAGGUGGAUAUGUUUGAAGAUGGCAUGCUGCUACCCAUCGCUUAUUUAGAAGCGGUACUAGAUGACAAAAGAAUUCCACAAGAUGUAUUAGAUACAAUAUUUUUAGUAUCAUUUACCGUGCCAUCCAUUAAACUAGCUCUACAAUAUGGCUCCCUACUUACAGCCAUCACCACCAUGAUUUCGCUCAUCCUCGUCUUAAGAAGAAAGAGCUCGCCAAAGAUCCUUCCUACCAGACUUUUUAGGACCAAUCAAGGUUACUAUGAAGCCAGUUAAAUAUUUUAAUUUCUCAGGCCAAAGUUUGUUCAAUAUUUGAACAUAUUAUUGAAAAAGACUGAAAACCUUUUGGGGAACUACUUAAAAAUAAUUAUUUAUUUUUUCGAAAAAAGAUAAGAUGUUGAGAAUGUUUCGAUGAAUGGGAUCGCGAUAAGGUUGAAUUAAAUUUUAGCUGAUAAAAUAAUAAAUUGUUCUUGUAUUUAUUUGUUUAACAAUUCUUUUUUAAAUUAUGUUAAAUUUAUAUAUUGCAGCCUUCUGUUUAUUUUUUUAAACUAACUAUCUAGAUUUUCUCAUUUCCUAUAACUAUUUAUCAUCCUGUAAUACUUAGCACGUCUCUAAAAACUGCCAACAUAGUUUGAAUAGUAUAUAAAGUUUUCUGUUAGUUCUAUUAUCGUCAUAACAUGUUUCUAAAAGAGAUUUAAAAAUGUUUAGAAAAUGUCUGUGUUAUAAAGGCUCAAUUAGAUAUUAAAAAAUACUCAUUGUUUAUUUGGAAGUUAUUUGUUACUUUUUUAUUAUCCAAAAAUUAUUUAAAAUAAAAUUAUUAUUUUGUUAA